CGUUGGCAUUAAAUUUAUUCAGGGUGCAUCAUCAGUGAUCAGCGCAAGCACAAGUAAGAGAUAAUUAUGCCGUUGAAGAGAUGCCUAAACUUUUGCUUUUGAAUUCAGGCAAUCUGAUUAUUAGAAACGGAAUGACGUUUCUGUUUUCGUCAGCAGCAGCGACCCAAAUUGACGCGGCCAAGAACUGCUUUUCGCGCAAUUUGAAUUUAAUUUCUGUGCAGAACGCCUUGAAAAUGAACCUUGUUCAAAAAUUGCUUCAGGAUGUUGGCACUAACUCUUCCGUCUGGACGAUUGGCUCGAACGACGGCAACAUAUCGUGCCAAAAUUACAAUUUGAGUUUCGCCUGGUGCAACCCGAAAAGAGAAAUCGUCCUUCCAGCGAUCAUGCAGAAAAUAAACAGUUUGGAAAUUGUUCAAAAAGGACUCACGAUGUCCAUGCUUAACGGUGCUGCCGUCUUGAAAACGUCAGAUUCUAAUUCACUAUUUCCUUUUUUGUGCGAGCCAAAAGAUGAUUUUCAAGACUCUUGCCUCGCUCUUAAUUGCAACAAAGACAGCAAAUUAUUUGACGCAAACGGGAAUAUUAAGGAUGGAGAAAAGUAUGGCAAAUGGACACGUACCUGCAACAAAUUGUACCUUUUCUCUGGCAAGCUUGGCACUUGGCAGCAGAACUGGGACUUUUGUUGCAAUUUAGGAAUGCACCCGAUUUGGUUUAGCUCGGCGUCAGACUUUAAGUGUUUGAGCAACUCGACUAAAGCGAACUGGACGCUAAACUAUAAUUAUUGGACGGCGGGACGCGCAAUGGGCACCUGGGGAAGGUGGGCCUGGUGCCCAGGGGCCGUCAACCUUCCCGACUCGCUUUCCUGGGCUCCGGGGCAACCGGACAGUAAUCAGACCAACGAGAACUGCCUGCACUUGCAAGUGACGAAAAAUUCGAGCGGUGUACUUUUGUCAGACCGGAACUGCAGCCACAAAUACGUCAUGGCUUGCCAGGGCGACGCGUUGAUGGCGUCAAACUGCAAUAAGCCAAAUUGUCCGAAGGAAUGUUUAAAAAAUGAAUCAUUUUUCGAAAAUGGCACAUUAAAGGAUCUGUUUGUACACGGCCAGUGGAAUGCCGGUUGUGGCAAGGAUUAUCUGUUUUCGGCUGCUACUUUGGAUUGGUUGGGCGCGUGGAAUUAUUGUUGCUCCAUUGGAAUGAAACUGGCCUCGAUUGAGGCUCUUGAGGAAUUGAGUUGUCUUACGAAUAUGGUUGCGAAAUAUCCCAGAGCAGUGUACCCUGAUCAAUGUGGAAGGGAUUUCUGGACAUCUGGCACAAACCGCGGAUGUCCAGGUGCUCACUUCUGGUGUUCAGACGACGAAAAAUUGAACAAGGAGGAAAUAGCCAACUGGAAAAACGGGAAAAUGCCCUCGGAGAGUGCUGAUCAGUGCAUUUUCAUUAAUUUGUCAAAUUCGACUUUGAGUGUGACUUAUUUGGGCGCUGACUCUUGUUCCAAGCAAAAACCGUUUCUUUGUGAAGCUUUGCAACUGGGAAAUAAAUCGUUGCAAAUUGCGCGCUCUUGCUCGGAAAUUUGGAAUGUGACAGACGAUGAAGUGAAUGAUAUAAUUAUGAAUCCGAGCGGCGACGUCGUUAACCAAAGACGCAAUCUCAAAUGUUAUCUAAGGUGCUGCGGAAAAAAAGGACACGUUUUAAAAAGCGGGUCACUGGUGACGGAUGAAAUUUUGCGCAACGUAGAGGACUUGACGGCCGACGACCCGCAAGCAAUGCAGGAUGGCUUUCAAAACUUUGAUUCCUGUACUUCCAUUCAGUCCACUGAUGAGUGCCACCUGAUGGCCCAGAUGUUCCAGUGUGCAAAGAAAAAUGCACCUGACCUGACUUAAGGACUCGUCACUGCCAUCAAAGGAGACGCCACUGUUUCAGUUACUGCUACAGGGGGAAUUAAAACCGCCGGGAGAGUAUGUCCUCUGUAUCCAGCAGCAAGUUGUGUACCAAAUCAAACGUAUAUUGAUGAACAAACGGGAUCAUCAUUGGGGGGAGAUGUCUUUACAACAUCGAAGGGCAAAAAAUACUUUGUAAAAUUUAUCGAAGGAAUUACGGACGCUCAAGCAGAAGCAGACUACUGCUGUGUCCUCGGUAGCCACCUUGCCAUCUUCGAAAGCUUAGCGGAUUUCAACGAUUUUAUGAAAAGCUGGAUAUAUGAUUCAAACUUCUGGAAUUUCAUUGGACCGACUUUCGACAAUGGUGAUGGCACCGACAGCUGGUGCUUGAACUUCAAGAAGCUACCAGCAGGAAUGAUCACAGAUAUCGACAAAUUUUAUCGUAACCAGCAGUGGAACUCGACACAAAUAUUCUUUUGGCAUGAUCGCGCUGGAUUACUCAUAUUACCAAAAGGAAAUAAGGCUCACCGAGUUUUAUGUGGCCCACUUCCCUACUAAUCUAUCUGAAUUGUGAUGAAAUUAUUCCAAUCGUAGAAAACUUUUUCGAUAAUAAUUGGAUUCUAGACAUUUUUCUAUUAAGUGUGAGAUUGAUUUUGUGUUUGG